GCUGCCGUCCCAGAAGUCUCUGGGAAGCGUUCGCGCUGCGCGGGAGACUCAAUGGUCUUAGGGAAGAUGGCGGCGCUGGAGUCGGGGUGUUAGAGGGAGUGCGGUCUGCGGCCGCGGCGCACGAGCCGACCAGGUGACUGUCCUUGGUGUGUGACCUGUGGCAGGUGGGCUCAAUGGAUCUGGCUUAUGUCUGCGAGUGGGAGAAGUGGCCCAAGAGCACACACUGUCCAUCAGUACCCCUGGCAUGUGCCUGGUCCUGCCGCAACCUCAUCGCUUUCACCACGGACCUCCGGAAUGAUGACCAGGACCUGACCCGCCUGAUCCACAUCCUGGACACAGAGCACCCCUGGGACGUGCACUCCAUCAGCUCAGAGCACAGCGAGGCCAUCACCUGCCUUGAGUGGGACCAGUCAGGCUCCCGGCUCCUGUCAGCUGAUGCUAAUGGGCAGAUCAAGUGCUGGAGCAUGGCGGACCACCUGGCCAACAGCUGGGAGAGCCCUGUGGGAAGCCUGGUGGAGGGGGACCCCAUCGUGGCCCUGUCUUGGCUACACAAUGGUGUGAAGUUGGCACUGCAUGUGGAAAAGUCAGGCGCUUCCAGCUUCGGGGAGAAGUUCUCCCGUGUCAAGUUCUCACCAUCCCUCACACUGUUUGGGGGCAAGCCCAUGGAGGGCUGGAUUGCGGUGACUGUCAGCGGCCUGGUCACCGUGUCCCUACUCAAGCCCAGCGGGCAGGUGCUGACAUCGACGGAGAGCCUAUGCCGGCUGCGUGGCCGAGUCGCCCUGGCAGACAUCGCCUUCACGGGCGGUGGCAACAUCGUGGUGGCCACGGCGGAUGGCAGCAGCGCCUCUCCCGUGCAGUUCUACAAGGUGUGUGUGAGUGUGGUCAGUGAGAAGUGUCGCAUCGACACCGAGAUCCUGCCCUCGCUCUUCAUGCGCUGCACCACCGACCUCAACCGCAAGGACAAGUUUCCCGCCAUCACCCACCUCAAAUUCCUGGCCCGUGACAUGUCCGAGCAGGUGCUGUUGUGCGCGUCCAACCAGACAAGCAGCAUUGUGGAGUGCUGGUCCCUGCGGAAGGAAGGGCUUCCCGUGAACAACAUUUUCCAGCAGAUCUCUCCUGUGGUUGGUGACAAGCAGCCCAUGAUUCUCAAGUGGCGGAUCUUGUCGGCCACCAAUGACCUGGACCGAGUUUCUGCUGUGGCACUGCCCAAGCUGCCUAUCUCACUCACCAACACGGACCUGAAGGUGGCCAGCGACACGCAGUUCUACCCCGGCCUCGGGCUAGCCUUGGCCUUCCACGAUGGCAGCGUCCACAUUGUGCACCGGCUGUCACUGCAGACCAUGGCCAUAUUCUACAGCUCCACAGCUCCACGCUCCAUGGAUGAGCCAGCCAUUAAGCGCCCCCGGACCACGGGCCCUGCCGUUCACUUCAAGGCCAUGCAGCUGUCCUGGACCUCCUUGGCCCUUGUAGGCAUUGACAACCACGGGAAGCUGAGCAUGCUGCGCAUCUCGCCCUCCAUGGGCCACACACUGGAUGUGAACCUGGCCCUGCGGCACUUGCUUUUCCUGCUGGAGUACUGCAUGGUGACCGGCUAUGACUGGUGGGACAUCCUGCUUCACGUGCAGCCCACGAUGGUGCAGAGCCUGGUGGAGCGGCUGCACGAGGAGUACACGCGCCAGAAAGCUGCCCUGCAGCAGGUCCUCUCCACCCGGAUCCUGGCCAUGAAGGCCUCACUCUGCAAGCUGUCGCCCUGCACCGUGACCCUCGUGUGUGACUACCAUGCCAAGCUCUUUCUCAUCGCCAUCAGCUCCACGCUCAAGUCCCUGCUGCGCCCGCAUAUCCUCAAUACGCCCGAUAAGAGUCCCGGCGACCGGCUGACCGAGAUCUGUGCCAAGAUCACAGACGUUGAUAUCGACAAGGUCAUGAUCAACCUCAAGACAGAGGAGUUUGUCCUGGACAUGAACACACUCCAAGCUCUGCAACAGCUCCUACAGUGGGUGGGCGACUUCGUGCUCUACCUGCUGGCCAGCCUGCCCAACCAGGGCGCCCCACUGCGGCCUGGACACAGCUUCCUGCGGGAUGGUACCUCGCUUGGUAUGUUGCGGGAACUGAUGGUUGUCAUCCGUAUCUGGGGCCUGCUGAAGCCCAGCUGCCUGCCUGUGUACACGGCCACCUCUGACACCCAGGACAGCAUGUCCCUGCUCUUCCGUCUGCUCACCAAGCUCUGGAUCUGCUGCCGUGACGAGGGCCCCACGAGCGAGCCAGAUGAGGCACUUGUCGACGAGUGCUGCCUGCUGCCCAGCCAGCUGCUCAUCCCCAGCCUGGACUGGCUGCCUGUCAGUGACGGCCUGGUCAGCCGCCUGCAGCCCAAGCAGCCCCUGCGUCUGUACUUCGGCAAGGCCCCCACUCUGCCCGGCAGCGCCACCACCUUGCAGCUGGAUGGCCUUAUCAGGGCAACUGGCCAGCCCAAGAUCGACCAUCUGCGGAGGCUGCACCUGGGAGCCUUCCCCACGGAGGAGUGCAAGUCCUGUACGAGGUGUGGCUGUGUCACCAUGCUCAAAUCGCCCAAUAAGACAACAGCUGUCAAACAGUGGGAACAGCGCUGGAUCAAGAACUGCCUGUGUGGGGGGCUUUGGCGGCGGAUGCCCCUCAGCUGCCCCUGACUGGGGUCCUCAGGCCCUGUAAACAGAGUCCCAAUGGAUGUUAUGGAAAGGUGACGCUGUCCCCUCCCGGUGACAGCAUUCUACAUACUCAGGACUUUAUGGGGUGUGUUAAAAAAGUCAUUCUUGACCUGUGACUUUAGGGGCCUUGCCAGCCAAGACCAGCAUCCCUGUGAGGACAGUUGAGGACUUGGCCUGAAGCCUCAGGUUGCUGCCUCUCACCCGGGGACACUGCUGUGUCUCUCUCAGAGCCUGGUGGUGCCUCGCAGGUGGCGGGACUCCGUUUCACAGCUGCACCUGUACCCAAGCUGGGUGCCGGCUGAAACAGACCCAGGCCCACCCACAGGUGUCACGGCUCCAGUGCCCCAAGCUCCCCCUGUUCCCGGGUGCCCCUGGUCUCACAGUUCAGAGGUUUCAGGACAGUCUGGCUGUUGGUCUUUUAAAAUGCCUCACGUGAACCUGUUGGGUGUCCAGCAGUUGCUGCCAGUGACACUGGCCAGGUAUCCUCUUCGGUUUCAUCACCCAUAUCUACCGAUGCUGUACCUGCUCAUCCAGGUGGCUCUGACCUUGGCAGCCCAACAAACAUUCAGCUUUGUUGGGUCACAGCUAAAUGGCUGUGUGAUGGGCAUUGCCCCAGCAGACCCCCAAGGUCCUACCUAGUCCCAAGUCUCCCACCCCCAUCGUGCAUUUAUGGGCAUUUCUGUUUCCACGUGCCUGUAUGUGUCACUCUUGCUCUGUCAGCAUUUAUGGAGCACCUAGUGUAUGCCUGGUACAGGGUCUGCAGGGAGCAGCAGGCUGGGCAUGGGUGGGGACUGUGCCUGGCUUGCUCUGCUUGUCUGUAGGUAGGUGGGUCUCGGCCUCAUCUGUCUUCAAUUGUGUGCAUCUCUCCUUGCUCUCUGCCUUUGUCUUCCACACCCAGCCCUCAGUGCAGAGCUGCUCAGGCCUCAUGCCCCUGGGGUCCCGCCUCCUAUCACCAGCAGGUACUUUCUGGAUUAUGUCCCAUACCCCCACAGUAGAUGCACUGACCUGCCUGUUAAGUGGUAA